AUGAUGAAGAGAUUCACAAAACAAAAAAACUUGGUGAAACCUGGCAAAACUCGAUUUGCUACUGCUUUCUUGACCUUACACCGUAUGCAUAUACAAAAGGCCAAUUUGAGAAGCUUGUUCAUUUCGGAUGAAUGGAACAGUAGUAAAUUUGCAAAAGAAGUCACGGGGAAAGAAGUUGCACGCAUAAUGAUGUCUUAUACUUUUUGGAAUAAUGUUGUUCAUGCUUUUAAAAUUGGUGGGCCGUUGAUUAAAGUACUUCGUUUGGUGGAUGGAGAACAAAAACCACCCAUGGGCCACCUUUUUGAAGCUAUGGAUAGGGUUAAGGAGUCUAUACGAAAAUCAUUUAGUGACUCACAUAAGUAUGCAAAGGUCUUUGACAUCAUUGAUAAAAGGUCGGAUCAACUUCAUCAACCUUUGCAUGCCGCUGGGAAUUUGUUGAACCGAUCAAGCUUUUAUGAUAAUAAUGAGAUGCGAUUACUAAAUGCAAAAAUGACGAAGGGAUUCUAUGAGAGUGUUGCUAAGUUGGUUCCCAAUAUAGAUGAGCAAGAUCAAAUAGGGGAUCAACUAAGUGCUUAUACUAAUUCUGAAGGGACCUUUGGGUUUCCAAUGGCUAUAAGACAAAGAAAGAAGAAGUCUCCAGUUGAAUGGUGGAGGCUUUAUGGUGGAGACACUCCGGAAUUACAAAAGUUUGCCAUCAAAGUUCUAGGUCUAACUUGUAGCUCUUCCGGAUGUGAGAGAAACUGGAGCGUGUUUGAACAUAUUCAUAGCAAGAAGAGGAAUAGACUAACCCUAAAGCGCCUCAAUGACCUAGUGUUCAUAAAAUAUAAUAGAACAUUGAGGCGUCGUUACAAUGCUCGCAAUGUAAUUGAUCCAAUUGGUUUGGACAAUAUUGAUGAUGCCAAUGAAUGGCUCAUCGGGGUUGAGAAUGCUGAAGAUGAAGCAAUUUUUGAGGGAGAUUCUGAUUUCACUUUCGGUGUUGUUGCCGAGGCAAUGGGGGUAGAGGAGAACCAGUAUGGUUUAAGGGGGAAUACUUCAAGCCAAAAUAGGAGGGGAAAAGAAGUAGCUACAAGUCAUUCCCUAAUUGAUGAAGUUGAAGAAGAUGAUAAUGAAAUUGAAGAAGAUGAUGAGCAAUAUGAUGAUGAUGUGGGAGUACAAGAUUUUGACAAUCUUGUAGAAGAAUAAGAACUAGAUGUCGAACUAUUAGUAGCUUUGAUUUUGUUUGUCCUAUGGUCUGGAGGAUUUUGUGAUAUCCACUUUAGUUUUUUAUUUAAACUUUUAGUCUAUGGAUAUCUACUUUAGUUUUGAAUUUGAACUUUUGCUUAUAUAUAUAUUCUCUAUUUAUUUUGCUCUUUUUAAAAAAAAAUUGUGUUUCACCUCAAUGAAGCGGGCGCUUCGCUUCACGCUUCGCUUAAAGCGUGAAGCGGGACCUUGUCGCUUUUUUCCGCUUCACGCUUUCCUG